GAACGUAUUCCUUCCUGUGACCCUAAUCCAAUUUCAAAAGUUCACCACAUUCUAAAGCAGAACAAGAGCAACCAGUUCUAAGAGAAUGGCCUCCAACAUCAUAACAAUAAGCUCAAGCUUGGUUCUAGCAGUGAUAGUGUCUCUCACAGUUCAAAUCUUCUACUUCUCUCCCAUCGAUCCACUCCCUCUGGAACUUCCACCUUCAUCUUCUACACCAGGAAACCAAUUACAGAACAUAACUAAGCUUGGAGAAGGGGCUCUGAAGGAUCCAGAGGAUGUGUGUGUGGACAACGACGGAACUCUCUAUGCCGCGACUCGCGACGGUUGGAUCAAAAGAUUGCCCAGAAAUAACGAAAAUUGGGAGAACUGGAAGCAUAUUGACAGUAACACUUUGCUAGGAAUCGCUGCUUCUAAAGAUGGUGGCCUUUUUGUUUGUGACGUUGAAAAGGGUUUGUUCAAGGUUACAGAAGAUGGUUUUAGCCUUCUCCUUUCACAAGUGAAUGGUUCUCGGUUAAGUUUUGCAGAUGAUGUGAUCGAAGCAUCAGAUGGAAUUGUAUAUUUUAGUGUUGCAAGCACCAAGUUUGGUCUCCAUAAUUGGUAUCUGGAUGUGCUAGAAGCAAGGCCUAAUGGACAACUUCUUAUGUACAAUCCAUACACAAAUGAAGUGGAUAUUGUCAUAGAUAAAUUGCACUUUCCCAAUGGAGUUGCACUUUCUAAAGAUGAAGAUUAUCUUUUGGUUACAAGAGUCCUUAGAUAUUGGCUAAAAGGAGCAAACAAGGGCAAAACAGACAUUUUCAUUGAAAAUCUUCCAGGUGGACCUGAUAAUAUCAAUCUAGCUCCUGAUGGCUCUUUCUGGAUUGCUUUGAUUCAGCAAACUAUCGAAGGAUUGGAGUUUGUGCACAAAUACAAGGUCAUUAAGCGCAUGUUGGCUACAUUUCCAAGGCUAUAUAAAGUGAUCAAUGGUGCAACCAAGAAGGCAAUGAUCGUAAAAGUGAGAACUGAUGGCAACAUAAUCAAAAUGUUUAGUGAUAACAAUGGAAAAGUAAUGAAUUUCGUGACGUCAGCUUUAGAGUUUGAGGAUCACGUUUAUUUGGGUAGUCUUAAUUCCAACUUUGUUGGAAAACUACCACUGCAUAGUGAUUAGAAAUUUAAGCCAUCCUCCAAUAAAUUAAAGGGCGUAUAUGUUUCAAUAUUGUGUAAGAAAUAAACAGUAACAAUAAUAUCUUCAAUGUGCCAAUGUAUGUGAUUGCUUAUGCCCCAAAUAUAUUAUAAUUAUGGAGUGUUAAUAUCCCCGGCCGGUUGAAUGUGAAGGGUGGAAAUGUAAAAUACAACAGUAAUAACUAAUGUUCAAAAGAGAUGCACAUGGAAUAAAAUGUGCCACCUUAAAUACUUG